GACUCGACAUGUCGCGAACUGCGUUGAUCACGGGAAUUACUGGCCAGGAUGGUUCCUACUUGGCUGACUUCCUGUUGGAGAAAGGAUAUGAGGUUCACGGUUGCCAUCGAAACAGCAGCAGUACUUCGUUUCAGCGAGUUCAGCAUCUGCAAGAUCGCGUUACGUUCCAUUGCAUCGACCUCUUAGACCAAAAGUCGAUCGAAAGCCUGAUCGAGAAAGUGCAGCCAACUGAAUUUUAUAAUCUUGCGGCACAGAGUUCUGUGGGAAGCAGUUGGGAACAGCCUGUCCUGUCAAGCGACGUAACCGGCCUUGGGGUUACCCGUGCUUUAGAGGCGAUUCGCGUUGUCGAUCCGACGAUUCGAUUCUUUCAGGCGAGUAGCAGCGAGAUGUUCGGAAAGGUGAGUCAGUCGCCUCAAAGCGAGACGACUCCUUUUCGUCCUCGAAGUCCCUAUGGAGCGGCGAAAGUCUAUGCGCAUUGGCUGACUGUGAAUUACCGAGAAAACUACAACAUGUUUUCAUGUAGUGGCAUUUUGUUCAAUCAUGAAUCGCCGCGGAGAGGCUUGCAGUUUGUGACACGAAAGAUCACCAAUGGUGCUGUCCGAAUCAAAUUAGGCAUGGCAAAUGAAUUGCGUCUGGGGAAUCUCGACGCCAGACGAGACUGGGGAUUCGCCGGCGACUUCGUUGAAGCGAUGUGGGGGAUGCUGCAGUAUCGUUCACCAAGCGACUAUGUCCUGGGGACGGGCAAGCUUCAUACGGUUCGAGACUUCGUUCGCAUUGCUUUUGAACAGGUCGGACUGAACUGGGAAGAUCACGUUUCCGUCGAUCCACGUUUCUAUCGUCCUGAAGAAUCCAAUCCGCUGAUUGCCGAUGCGGCUAAAGCCCGCGAAGAACUUGAUUGGAGUCCUCGGAAGUCGUUCCAGGAUAUUGUAAAGGAUAUGGUAGACUCUGACUUGCGGCAGUUAUCGGCGGAGCAGCAAGCGACUUCUGAUACGUUGCGGGAAUCGGCCUAG